AUGAAGGUACACAUGCACACAAAAUUUUGCAUCGUUUGUUUGCUGACAUUUAUCUUUCAUCAAUGCAAUCAUUGCCAUGAAGACGGAGACGACCACGGUCCUAAAGAGGAACCCGCACACUACCAUAACGACUAUCAGAUCUCGAACGCGCCCUACUUCCAGAACGGAGGAACAGAGUCUGUGCCGAGUAAAUUUUCACUGUUGGAAGCUGAAAAUGAGCAAAGAUACUACAUUGAAAAGAUAUUUGAUCGUUACGGUGAAAAUGGAAGAUUAUCUUUCUUCGGCCUGGAAAAACUGUUAAUAAGCCUUGGUUUAGGAGAGGUGAAAGUCGUGAUGAUAAAUCACGAUGAUAUUGGCCACGACCACGUUUCUCACCUCUAUGCUUUGGAAGUACAGGAAGGAAAGCAUUCUCACUCUCGUAACCAUCCUCACAGCCACGCAGAUUCAGAAAACCAAACCACGACUGGUACGGCUGCAAAGAGAAACCAUAAAUGCGACCCCGAGAGAGAUGCAGUGGCGCCCUCGGUAAAGGAGGGUGGCAGACACGCUCAUGACCAGAGUCGCCAUCACCAUCGUCACCACCCUCGUCUGCAUCGUCACGACCAUAAUGGCACGCAUCACUCUCGGAACGAUUCAGCCAGUCACGGCGAGCACGGACAACAGAACCACGAGCCUUCGACAGAGACAAACACCACUCAGGAUCAGCCCGAGAGAAAACAACGGAAGCAGAAGAAGAACCAAAAGAAGAUCAGCGAGACGCGGGAUUCGGCCUCAGACCUCGAUACAGGUCAUCAGUACGAGCACAAUCGUGUCCACAAACACGAUCACGCGCACGACGCGUCUCACUUGCACGUCCACCAUCAUGAGCACAGUAGCGAUCGUUCUGCUGGUCACGGACAUCAAGGUUCCAGUUUAGAUCAUGAGGAUGGGCACCACCACGCCAGCGAGCGGGAGGCUCCUCAUAAACAGAUUAGCGUAACAAAACAUGCUCUCUUUUCAGCGCGGAGUCGUAAGGACCAUAACGAAGAUGAACGCGACCGUGAAGAGUGCUUAAAUGUUACCCAGCUGCUACGGUACUACGGUCUGGAAACCAGCUCUUCAGUAUCUCCUGAACUGUUCAUAUACAUGUGUCCUGCUUUGCUAUACCAGAUCGAGAGGAGGCUUUGCAUUGUGCAUUAUGAUGAGCUUGAAGAUUUUAUGAAAAGUAAAAAUGCAUCAAUCGAGAAUAAAGAUAAAACAGGUGCAUCAGCCUGGUUUUGUGGUAUCAUCUCUAUCACCGUCAUUAGCCUGCUUUCCUUGCUAGGUGUGAUCUUGAUUCCCAUCAUUAACCAAUGGUGCUUCAAAUUUCUUCUAACUUUCUUGGUAGCUCUGGCUGUAGGAACAAUGAGUGGAGAUGCACUGCUCCAUCUGUUGCCACACUCUCAUGGAGGCCACGACCACAGCCACCACCAUGGCCAAGGUCAUGUUCACGAACACAAGCGUUCUCAUCGACAUGCCCACGCACACGCAGUACGGACUGAAGGCUUUCUGGAAGAAAAUGACCCGGUGCUGAAAGGUCUCGUGGCACUCGGAGGCAUUUAUGUUCUCUUCAUCAUUGAACACUGUAUAAGAAUGUACAAGCACUACAAUAAACAAAAGAGUAAGCAGAAAUGGUGUAAGAAGAAACAGAGCGAAGAGUCACCGAUCGGCAGGAAACUUUCCGAUCACAAACUAAACAACAGACCAGAUGCCGACUGGCUGCAGCUCAAACCCCUUGCAGGCGCAGACGACUCGGUUCUAUCUGAAGAUCGACUCAAUGAAACGGAACUAACUGAUCUAGACGGGCAGCUGGAAUCCCCUCCCAAAACCUUCCUGUCUGUAGAGGAGGACAACAAUAUGCACCGUUCUCACAACGAUGUCUCCCGUGCUGCUCAAGAGCCCGAUCUUCACAAUUCCGAGUACGACAGCCACGGCGAGGAUAAAAUGAUAGCGAGAAAGCACAGCCACCACUGGCAUCACAAACAUUCCCAUCAUUCCCAUGGCCACUGUCAUUCUGGAAAAGACCUGAAAGAUACUGGCAUAGCUAAUAUUGCUUGGAUGGUAAUUAUGGGAGAUGGCAUUCACAACUUUAGUGAUGGCUUAGCAAUCGGAGCAGCUUUUAGUGCUGGACUGACAGGAGGAAUUAGUACAUCUAUAGCAGUAUUUUGUCAUGAGCUUCCCCAUGAAUUAGGUGACUUUGCCGUGCUGCUUAAGGCAGGGAUGACAGUAAAGCAAGCGAUCGUGUACAACCUCCUGUCUGCCAUGAUGGCUUACAUCGGGAUGCUCAUCGGCACGGCGGUGGGGCAGUACGCCAACAACAUCACCCUCUGGAUCUUCGCCAUCACUGCAGGCAUGUUCCUCUACGUGGCGCUGGUCGACAUGCUUCCAGAAAUGCUUCACGGAGACGGAGAUAACGAAGAGCACGGCUAUUGUCCCGUGGGGCAGUUCAUUCUUCAGAACCUAGGCCUGCUUCUUGGAUUUGCUAUCAUGCUGGUGAUUGCCCUCUAUGAAGAUAAAAUUGUGCUUGACAUCCAGUUUUGA